CGGUCGACGAUUUCAUGACAUCGAAAACGUCUCGUAUUUCUUCCCUAACGACAAUGAUGGUGCGUAUCGUAACGGGAUACAUAUCGUAUCACUAUCAUUAUCAUUAUCGUCACGUAGCAUGCGCUUUUGUUUUCGCGGAAGGAAACUAUUUACAUUAUUAUCACUGAACGUGCUAUUUCAUUAUAGAGGUUGACCGGCUUCAUCAGCAACAUUGGAUUGUCCGUCAUAUUAUGAAAGGAAACUUCCAGUCGCCAAUGGAAGAGAAACUGAAAGAGGGAAUUAUGGUCUUGGACUCGGGAUGCGGUCCUGCUACAUGGUCCUUGGAUAUGGCCGAAAUGUAUCCCCAAUCAACGUUUUACGGUGUCGACGUGUAUCCAGUCUUUCCUAAUGAAGUGAAACCGCAAAACUGCCACUUCCAGGCAUGUAACGUCGCCGAAAAACUACCAUUCCCUGAUAACCAUUUUGAUUUCAUUCACCAACGAUUGCUUAUUUUUGGCCUUACCCGAGCAGACUGGAGAAAUGCGAUUAAGGAACUUGUUCGCGUUUUAAAACCAGGCGGAUAUCUGGAAAUUCUCGAGUGUGAUAUUGAAUUUGAGAAUGAAGGACCAAUGCAACAUCGAGUAAUGAGUGCCAUUUUCCAAGCAUUUGUGAAAAAGGAUAUGAGUCCUUCAGUCUCACGAGAGCUUGGUCCAGAAUAUCUGGAACCGAUUGAACAAUUACAAGAUAUCAAGGACAAGGUCGUUUCUUUUCCUAUGAAUCAUGGAGGAAAGCUUGGAUCAUUAUUCUGGGACGAUUUUCGACACGCAUGUGAAGCUCUACAUGCCUGGGUUAUGAAAGAAGAUGUUGAAUUUGAGGACCUUGAAGUAUACAAACAAUUUUUGGGCGAAUGUGCGCAAGAGUGUAGCGAGUACAAAACCAACAUGCCCUGGCAUUGUUACUCUUGCCAAAAGAAACCUGAAUCUGCGUAGACAGACGAGAAGGGAAAAAUUACCCAUCAAUCGGUUCCAUUACUUACCAACAGCGAUGUGGCAAAGAAUAUGAUGUAAACUAUAUCCACCUCCGUAUUACUUUUAUUUUUCUCUUCCUCCCCCACAAAAUAGGUGGCAAUCCUUUACACGUAACAUUUUUUUAUAGCUAAUAGCUUUUUUUACAUACAAACUGCACUGCUAAUAUACACACAUUGAACAAAACCACUAUGUAAUCCUUUCUUCCUCCCCCAAACUUUUCCAAGCAAUGUGUAAAUUUGCUUGAUGUAUUUUAAUAAAAACACAUACCG